AUGAACAAAGAAAAUCUUCUUGUCCAAACUUUAAACCAAUGUCCCAAGGUCAAAAACCUGGUUUGGCGCGCUAGCAGGGAAUGUUUGCCUACCUUGAAACAACUGCGGAUAAGGAGGGUGGAUGUGCAAGCUCUUUGUCCAAUUUGCCGUGAUGCAUAUGAGUCAAUUGAACAUGCUUUACUGCUAUGUACACAACCGAAACUGGUCUGGGACCGUGUUGGCAUUGGGACUGCAAUUGCAGCUACUGGGGCGAGUAGUUUUCUGGACUGGUGCAUCCAGUCUUUUGCUACUGCUGAUGCCGAUAAAAGGAAGCUGUUGCCGGUUCUCUGUUGGGCGAUAUGGAGUGCACGAAACGACUUUGUGUGGCAGCAAAAAACAACUACUGCUGCUACUAUUUUGAACACAGCGACGGGAUUCCUUGAUCAAUGGAGUAAAGCUCAGAAUACUCUUAUUGAGACGUCUUGGUCGAGUUACACGAUUCAUGACGGAGCUGAGCAAUGGGUCGUUCCAAGUGAAAAUAAAAUCAAGGUAAACGUUGAUGCUGCGUUGUUUAAUAGUAGUAACAAGUAUGGUUGUGGUUUUGUUGCUAGAGAUCACUACGUGGAAACCGAUUGUCUUACGGUAGUUCAAGCACUUAGAAGCUCAAUGGACAUGAUUUCCUCCUUUGGUCAAGUCAUUUUGGAGUGUAAAAAGUUGUUAUCUGAUUUGAAAACUGUUUCUGUUUUAUUUGUUAAGCGAUUAGCUAAUAUGGUAGCUCAUAACUGUGCAAGAGCUUCUAUAUUAUAUCCUGGUUGUAUUUUCGAUAUGGAGUCUGUUCCAUUCGACUUGCUACCCUCUUUGGUAGCGGAUUUUGAUGGUUAUUAA